AUGGAUUUCAUGCGGCGUGCUUUAUCCCUGUCCAAAAGUUUCGCUCAAGCGUCCAGCUGCAGCAUCUCACACGUCAGACAUGGCGUGUCAAGUUCCGCCAGAGGCGGUGGUGUGUCCUGGCCAUUUCUGGGUCGGCUGAGCACUCCGUUCCCUCCGUUCUUUCUAUCUCGGAGAAAUUUGUCUUUCGCUUCUGGACCUCCGUUCUUGCAGAGUUCACAGAUGCCUAUCAAAAUCUACAACGCAAGCUGCAGACAAUUUGCCACAAGGAACCUCCAUGGAAGGCUUUUCUACAAGCGACGGCCCAAAAUGAUACCGAAGUGGAGCUUCAACCCGCGGUCAAAAUGGCUGGAGGGCGCUGGAAAUCGGAAGGGCGUCUGCACAAAGGUUUUUAUCACCUCUCCGAAGAAGCCCAACUCGGGCCAAAGAAAAGUUUGCUAUGUCCGCCUUUCCAAUGGACGCAUCGUGAAGGUUCAUGCAACAAGUACAGCUG